AUGAGCUUCCUCAAGCGGUUCCCGCCGCCCGCCGAGGGCCUCCGGCACCGGCAGCCCGACACCGAGGCGGUGCUGGCGGGACGCAGCCUGGGCGCCGGCACCCUCUACAUCGCCGAGAGUCGCCUGUCUUGGCUGGAUAACUCUGGGCUUGGGUUCUCCUUGGAUUAUCCCACUAUAAGUUUACAUGCUAUCUCCAGGGAUCUAAGCGCCUACCCAUGGGAGCAUCUGUACGUCAUGGUGAACGCAAAAUUUGAAGACAACACAAAAGAAGCACCCAUGGCUGAAGGGGAGGAGGAGGAGGAUGAAGACAGUGAUGAUGAUAUCGAACCGAUUGCAGAAUUCAGAUUUGUACCCAGUGACAAGUCGGCCUUGGAAGCCAUGUUUUCUGCCAUGUGCGAGUGCCAGGCUCUGCACCCAGAUCCUGAAGAUGAAGAUUCGGACAAUGACUACGAAGGGGAGGAGUAUGAUGUUGAGGCUCAUGAGCUAGGACAAGGUGACAUCCCCAGCUUUUACACUUACGAAGAAGGAUUGUCGCACUUAACUGCAGAGGGACAGGCCACUCUGGAGAGAUUGGAGGGCAUGUUAGCCCAGUCCGUGAGCAGUCAGUACAACAUGGCUGGAGUGCGGACAGAGGACUCCAUAAGGGAGUUUGAAGAUGGGAUGGAGGUGGAUCUAGCACCAGUGGUUGCAGGGCAAUUUGAAGAUGCAGAAGUUGAUCACUGAGGAGUCCAGAUGCUGCUAUUCUUCUUGGGCACUUCCAGAAUAAGCCGUAAAACUGAAGACUUCGCAGUGACUAUCGGGAGUUAACCUUUCUUUUAAUGACCUAAGCAUAGAUAUCUAGGUCUAUAAAUGCUUUUAUAGAUGUUUAAAAAUAGGGUUUGACAUUCGUGACCACAAUGGGUUUAUUAAAGAAAACAGAAAACACACAAUAAAUCCUCUUGCAUCUAACACUUGAAUGGGGUUAAUGACAUCGUGUUUCCAAGAAGCCUUUUAGGAGUUCUAGGACUUCAGAAAUAAAAUUGAAAGUAGAACAGAAUUCUAGAUUGUCCUAGAAUUUUCCAUAUUUUUGUACCUGUUCAUUGCACCAAGGGAGGAGAAUGAGAAUAGGAACGUGGCAAAGCCUCACUAAAGUGAAGUAAGGUUGGCCAAGGAGUAAAAGCAAAAAAAAUUCAAAGCCCCUCAAGUAACUAUCUGUCCAGUGCUAUUCCCUGUCAUUUCUUUGGAAGCAGUGUGGGUAGUGGAGAAGAUAGAAUAAAAUCUGUAAAGUCUUGAAUAUGAGAAUGCUUUGUGUCUUUGUAUUAAAUGUUAACAACAUUGUUAAAUAAACUAAGAUUUUUGUAUCUCACAAUCCAAUUACGUUGCAGGUCUCAGUCAUUUCCUUCAGCAAGCUGCUGGAAACUCUGAGCAGACCUCCUUUGAGUUACUGGUGCUUCCUUUGAUUGAAAAGGGGCUUUGCUGGACUUGUUUAUAUAUAAAUGUAAUUAGAUAUGAGAAUAAAUGGUCAGAAUAUGUUCACAGUGCCUCUAUAAGGCAGAAUUAAGUGUUACUGUGACAUAUCCCCAAUGGAGGCAGCUAAGAGAGCUCAGUCCUGUGGGAUCUCCCUGCUGGAGUUGUAGAUAUACCA